UGGCUUCAUGCUUUUCAGGCAACUGCAGUUUACAAGGUUGCAUCUAUUGCUUAUAAAAGCGGUGUUCCUGUGAUUGCCGAUGGUGGCAUCUCAAACUCUGGGCAUAUUGUCAAGGCUUUGUCAUUGGGAGCAUCUACAGUUAUGAUGGGAAGCUUCUUAGCUGGUAGCAACGAGGCUCCCGGAGCUUAUGAGUAUCAGAAUGGUCAACGAGUCAAGAAGUAUAGAGGAAUGGGUUCACUAGAAGCUAUGACUAAAGGAAGUGAUCAAAGAUAUUUGGGUGACACUGCAAAACUAAAAGUUGCUCAGGGCGUUGUUGGAGCUGUUAAAGAUAAGGGUUCUGUUUUGAAGUUCCUACCAUACACCAUGCAAGCUGUCAAGCAAGGGUUUCAAGAUAUCGGUGCCAACUCUCUGCAGUCUGCUCAUGACCUCCUCAGAUCCAAGGUGUUAAGGCUAGAGGUCCGGACUGGAGCAGCGCAGGUUGAAGGUGGAAUCCAUGGUCUGGUUUCUUAUGAAAAGAAAUACUUUUGAAGUAUGAAACCAUCCAAAAUGGUUGUAAGUCGUGGUAGAAAUUAUUGUUGUACGUUUAAAAAAGGGCAUAAAAUGUUACUCGGGCAGUCGCAAGUUGCUGCCAAUGAUGUUAUUAGAAAUCGAAACAUUGUGGAUGAUGGUGGCCACACCAUGAUUUUAUGGGAUUAAUCCGAGUUAUUUUUAAAUUUUUCUUCGGGUUUUAAUUC